AUGCCCAAGUCCAAGCGCAACCGCCUCGUCAACAUGACGCAGGUAUCCAAGAAGACGCGCGAGGACAAGGACAAGCUCUUCGCCAACAUUCGCGAGGCCGUCCCCCAGUACCAGCACUGCUUCGUCUUCAGCGUCGAUAACAUGCGCAACAAUCACCUCAAGGACGUCCGCCACGAACUCUCCGACUGCCGCCUCUUCUUCGGCAAGACGAAGCUCAUGUCCAAGGCCCUCGGCCAGACGCGCGAAACCGCCCUCCUCGACGGUACCGACCGCCUGACGCCGCACCUCAGCGGCACCGUCGGCCUCCUCCUGACGAACCGCGACCCCUCCGCCAUCACGACCUACUUCGAAGGCCUCUCGCCCGUCGACUUUGCGCGCGCUGGCACCACGGCGCCCCGCGAGUUCGCCAUUCCCCAGGGUGUUCUCUUCGCCACCGGCGGUGAGGUGCCCCGCGAGCAUGACGUUCCCAUGGAGCACUCGAUUGAGCCAGAGCUGCGCCGCCUCGGCAUGCCCACGCGCAUGGUCCGCGGCCGCAUCGUCCUGGGCGAGGAGGAGCCCGCCGAGGACGCGGCCCCCGGCUACGUCGUCUGCAAGGAGGGCGAUGUCCUCGACUCUCGGCAGACGAGGCUCCUGAAGCUCUUUGGCAUCUGCAUGAGCGAGUUCCGCGUCGAGCUGAUCGCGUACUGGAGUGCCGCGACGGGCGAGGUGACGGACCUGAAGAAGGCCACCGCCAUGGAGGAGUAA